AUUUUUACUUUUAAUAUGUUGAAAAUAACAGUAGUUUUCUCUGGUGUACCAUCGACCAAUCACAGAAAAACGGAGACGGUUACUUGUCCAAUCACGGUCCAGCUCAGCAGCACUUCUUCCGGGUUCAGUUCCCAUGCUUGUCUGCUUUCCAGAGUUCCACACGUUUUCCUCGCUGUUUCAAGGAAAUCUUAUCUCAUGGCCAAGGACAAAUCUGCGAAAUCAGAUCCCACUCCUCUUAAAAGAAAAAAGCAGAGUUCAAACGACAGUGAAGUCCCUGCGGCUGAAAUAUUGACUAAAGUAAAAAAGAAACAGAAAAGGAUGGAAAUAGAGGAGGCUCCAGUACAGAUUGCAACAAACAGUGGUGGUAAAAAACAGAAAAAGGACAAGAAACUCAAAAAGAAGCACGUGACAGAGGAAAGACAGACGAAGCAAACUGAGAUUCCAGAUCCGCCCAGUUCUUCUGAGGAGAUGCGUGUGCUUGAGGGAGAGGAGGACCUGAGCCCCGAGGAGAGGCGGGUCCUGGAGAGGAAGAUGAAGAAGAUCCUGAAAAAGGAGGAGAAGAAGAGGCUGAAAGAGGGAGCGGCGUCGCAGCAGACUGAAGUAUCUGGAGGCACUGCAGCUCAGCAAGCCUUAGAUUACCUCACGUGCUGGGCUGAAAACAAUUCGGCGUGGAAGUUCCAGAAGACGAGGCAGACGUGGUUACUGCAGCACAUGUUCGACUCUGAAAAGAUUCCAGAUGAGAAGUUCUUGGUGCUGCUUCAGUACCUGGAGGGGCUUCAAGGGAGGGCAAAGGACACUACGGUGGAGAAGGCCAUAUCCCUGGUGGAAGAAUCUGGACAAGCGCCGGAGGACACGGCCGUCCAGCAGAGGGCACACAGAGCCAGAGAAGUAAUCCAGUUGUUAUCCUGACCCACAACAACCAAUUCACCAGGAAAAGACUUCACUGUGUUUGUCCAUCGGAGGACUGAAUGGUAGCUCUGACCUGGACUAAGGCCGUUGUUUUGUAUGUAGUAUUUUUGGAGUGAUCAUGUAUUUGUUUAAAUCAUUGCUCACGUAUUUUUAAUUAAACCGUGUCUGUUACUCUU